AUUAGUGUAGUCAGUAGUCAGUACAGUAGUUCAGUUGAGAGUUGGCCAGAGAGGAGAUGGUCGUGAGGGAGGAAGUAGGCAUAAGGGAUUUCGUCCUUUUGGACGAAAUUACCUUAGAAAAGUUUAUGGACAAUCUACGGAAAAGGUUUCAUGCCGGGCACAUAUAUACUUACAUUGGGGAAGUAUGUGUCUCUGUCAAUCCCUACCGCUCCCUCAACAUGUACGGCCCUGAGCAAAUUAACACCUAUAAAGGUAGAGAGAUGUUUGAAAAUCCUCCGCAUGUGUUUGCCAUCGCGGACGCGGCACACAGAGCCAUGAAACAACAAGGGCGAGACACUUGCAUCGUAAUCUCCGGAGAGUCAGGGAGUGGAAAGACAGAAGCUAGUAAGAUCAUCAUGAAGUACAUCGCGGCCGUCACCAAUGUCGGCAAACAGAAGGAGAUUGAGAGGGUUAAAAAUGUCCUGAUCCAGUCAAAUGCCAUUCUGGAGUCUUUUGGAAACGCAAAGACCAACAGAAAUGACAAUUCCUCCCGCUUUGGAAAGUACAUGGACAUAAACUUUGACUUCAAAGGCGAUCCGAUCGGUGGCCACAUUGUCAACUACUUAUUGGAGAAGUCGAGAGUGAUUCUGCAACAAUCUGGGGAACGCAACUUCCACAGUUUCUAUCAGGUGUUGGGGUCGUGUAAGAGUGCAGACAUGAAGGGUCUAGAGUUGAGUGGCAGUCCAGCAGACUACCAUUACGCCUCACAAGGUGGCGCAGUCGCCUCAGUCUCAGAGGUGGACCGUACUAACCACCGAGCCACGGUGGCCGCCUGCACCACCCUAGGCUUCUCACCUGCGGAACAGACCACUCUGUGGCAAGUGGUGGCUGCUGUGCUGCACCUGGGCAAUGUUACUUUUACGACAAGCGAAGACGAUGUUAGCAUCAAACAAGAGACAUCUCUGCGUCGAGUUUCGUCUCUGUUGAGCGUGGGAGAGAGCGAGUUGCGUCGAGCUCUCACAGAACGAGUGAUUGCUGCUAGGGGUGAGGUGAUGCAGAAAACUCACACACUUACAGAAGCUGAAUAUGGAAGGGAUGCUCUUGCGAAGGCGAUAUACGACCGACUGUUCACAUGGAUUGUAAGCAAGAUCAACGCAGCCAUUGACGUGGCCGGACCUAGACGCAGGGGCACAGUUAUUGGAGUGCUUGACAUCUACGGAUUUGAAGUCUUUGACUCUAACAGCUUUGAACAGUUCUGCAUCAACUAUUGCAACGAGAAGCUUCAGCAACUGUUUAUUGAGCUGGUUUUGAAACAAGAACAGGAAGAAUACAAAAGGGAGGGGAUUGAGUGGAAGAACAUAGAGUACUUCAACAAUCAGAUCAUCUGCGACCUAGUGGAGAUGCCCCACAAAGGAAUCAUUUCUACGCUGGACGAGGCUUGUCUCAAUGUGGGCAAAGUUACUGAUGAGUUGGUGCUGGAGGCGAUGGACAAGAAACUGGCGACUCACCAACAUUACGCUAGCAGACAGACCAAGCCGAUGGACAAGAAACUUCAACACAAGACUCAGUUCUGCAUCAGGCACUAUGCAGGUGAUGUGGUGUAUACUAUUUACGGAUUCCUCGAUAAAAACAAAGACACUUUGUUUCAAGACUUCAAAAGACUCUUGUACAACUCCUCCAAUCCAGCAAUCAAGUCAAUGUGGCCUGAAGGAGCUAUGGACAUCACAAGGACAACCAAAAGACCACAGAGUGCUGGCACUCUGUUCAAGAACUCGAUGAUUGAGUUGGUAAAAACAUUGACGAGUAAGGAACCAUUCUAUGUGCGCUGCAUCAAGCCGAACGAAGACAAAUCCCCGACAACAUUCAACGACGAACGAGUGAUCCACCAAGUUCGCUACUUGGGCCUUCUGGAGAACGUGAGGGUGCGUAGAGCUGGGUUCGCCUACAGGCAGAGAUACGACCGCUUCCUGAAGAGGUACAAGAUGAUUUCUUGCUACACUUGGCCAAACUAUAAAAUAUCAGAUGGAAAAGGAGCGGAAAUAAAAGGAUCAGAUAGGGAAGGAACAGCUGUUUUGAUAAAAGAGAAAGGAUUUGCCAACGAUGUGAAGUAUGGACACACAAAAAUCUUCAUCCGAUCUCCCACAACUCUGUUUAAACUAGAACAGAUGAGAGCCGAAGUUAUUCCCAAUAUUGUGAUCUUGCUUCAGAAACAGUGGCGAGGUGCAAUUUGCAGAAGAAGGUAUCACAAGAUGAAGGCUGCUUUGACAAUAAUGAGACAUUACCGGAUGUACAAAAUGAGAUCGUACUUCUCUCAAAUGCAGAAAACAUUCAGUAACGCCCGCAAGAUGAGGGACUACGGCAGAUCACUGAGAUGGCCUCCCCCACCCCUAGCACUGAGAGCUCACAUACCGAUGCUGCGUUCCAUCUACGACCGAUGGCGCGCCAGUAUGGUGCUGCGAGUGCGCAAGAGAGAAGAAUGGCCUAUGUUCCGUAUGCAGAUCAACGCAGCCUCCGCUUUACGAGGCAAGAGAACAAGUUUUGGAUUAGACCGCAAGUGGCUAGGUAACUACUUGAGUCUGCAAGUUGAGAAUGCAGACUACCAAGCCUUCAAUGACAGUAUGCGUCAGUUGAAGAACUCCGACAGGUUUGACAAGGUGUUGUUUUCGUCAUACAUAGUGAAGACCAACCGCUACAACAAACCAGCAGACAGGGUGUUGCUAGUCACAGACUUGGCCAUCUACAAGUUGGACGGACACAAGUUCAAGCCAAUGAGGCGGGGCAUGCCCAUCGCUGAGGUGGUAGCCCUAAGUGUGAGUCCAGGCAGGGAUCAGUUGGUAGUGAUACAUUCCAACAAAGGCAACGACCUUGUGUUGUCACUCAAGACAACAGAGGAGAGGGUUGGGGAACUGGUUGGUGUUUUGUGCACGAGAUACCUACAAAUCCGAGGAGCAGAACUGACAGUCAAUGUUGCCAACAAGUUCCAGUGUAUGUUGGGUAGCAAGAGUCGUCACCUGCGGGUGGAAGUCAACCCGGAAACUCAACAAGCAGGAUUCAGGAAGGACAACAACAAUGGAAUAGUUUACGUUCUACCAGCAAACUACGCAAUAUCACAACCGACGCAACACUCGAUCAAGGCUUAGACUGCAGAAUUUAUCUACAUCGAACCAUUGUGAUAAGCAUGUAUUUUUAUUUCAGUAUUUUACCCUGUUAAGCCAUUCUUCAUUCCAGUUUAAUUAAGAUCAGUGUAUUUCAAUUUCCAUUAUUUAUCAUUUAAUCUCACCGAAUUCAUUGUAAAAUCAGAGACUGAAUAUUUAAUUCACCUGUUAAAGCUGUGCCAUUUUAUCCGUUAAGGUAUUUUAUUUUUAUUCAUACUGAAUUUGUUUUUCAGUAUUAAGUUUUAUCGAGUACUUAUACAUUUGAAGUAUCUUAUAUUGUGCUAAAAUCAUAUUUUGUAAUUUUAUCAAUGGAAAACAAUGUUUAUUCUAUAAGCUAUAGGUUUGCCGUAUUACAUUUUUAUUAAAAUAUUAAUCAGUUACAUAAAAUAUAUAUAUUUACACAUUUUAUUUUAAUAAUCGUUUUGACAAUGAACAUUGUUUGUUUAAUUCAAAAACUUAUUUGAGUAUUAUAAAGUGUAAAUGUUAUCGUGAUUUUAAUUUCCAGUUAAGCCUUUUUAUAGUGGUUCGUUACCUUAGAUGAUUGGUGCUAUUUUAAAUAUAAGGAAUGCUGAUUUUAGGUUAAAACAACAAAAUAUGUAGAAUGAUUAUUGAUUUGUUGAUGCCUUAUAAGAAUCAAAGAUUGUAUUUAUUUACCAAACUUCAAUCAUGAUGAUUAUAAUAAAACUUCUAGCAUCAAGAUUAUUAAAUGCUUAAGAUUGGAACAAAACACCAAUUUGGUAAUAUUUUUAUCAAUCAUUAUUCACAGUUUCUUCAUCAUAGACUACAGAUAUACACACAAUUCUUUGGUUGCUUAAAAAUCAAGUCAGGAUACAACCAUUUUGUUAUUUCAUUGACAGUUUUGAAUAAUAUUGAAUAAGCUUUACCUGAAAAUUUUUCAAGAUCUUGAAUUGUUGUCAAGGAUAAACAUUUGUAUUUAUAAUACACCAUCAAAGACAUUUUCUUGAAAAAUAGAUUUACAUUUUUAAGCGUAGUUUUGCUACAGUUUUGUAUAUAUGUAUUAUUUUUAUAUUAACAUUUUAAUUGUUUUGUUAUUUAUAUAAUUUAUUCUAGAGAUAAAAUGUAAAGUGCAAUUAACCUUAACUAAUGAAGUAAGUAAGCAAUUGUAAAAUAAAUUCUACAAGAGGUGUGCAAGUUUGAGAAAUUCUAUCAAGCCGAGCUAUUGGAAAACAUUGUGUUUGAACCAACUGGUGUACAAGCUGCAAUGCCAAGUAAUAAGUUGGUUUGUCACACUUCUUAUUUUAAAUUUAUUUUAGAUACAGUACACUAUUGUGUCAAAUAUAAUUAUAGGCAUUUAUUUAAGCAUCAUGAAACAAAGAAAAGAACUGAAUGUAAAAUAAACUAGGCUUGAUUUUCUAACUUGCUGAUUGAUAUGAUAACUCAAACUUUUAGAGUAGGUUCGGCUCGCCUAUAAAAUCGAACCACUCGCGUACCUGUAACAACGUUUAGUUUUAAAAUUGUUUUAUUUGCUUGAAAGAUUGCAAGCUUAGCUUAUUAGAUAAAUAGUUUUGUGCCAAUAACACAUUAAUCAAAGUAAGACUUCGAAUUUACUUAAUUAUUUUACUUUUUACUAUUUCUUAUCAAAUGUUAAUUGUUAACGAUGUAAUAUAGUUUCAUAUAUACAUAAGCAUUUCAGCUUAAAAGCCUGCAUAUUGUUGCUGUGAUAAAUUUUGCUCUUGUGCCUUCUCAUCUGUCCAUCUCAGCCUUUAAGGAAAAGUAUUUUGUUAACAGUUUAUGUUGACGCAAAUAAAGUAUUAU